AUGGGAAUGGCUUCUGCUCUGGGUUCUUUCAACAAGAAAAGCACUUUGCUGAUGCUUACUGCACCGGUGAAGAGAAUAGGCAGGAUUCCAGCUUCGUGGGGGAGACAUGCAUGGAGUAUUGGAAGAGAAGAUCCAAGGAGAGCUGUUCAUGCUCUCAAGGCUGGGACAGCUCUCACACUGGUCUCCCUCUUGUACAUACUCGAACCUUUCUUCAAAGGAAUCGGGAAGAAUGCAAUGUGGGCUGUCAUGACCGUAGUUGUCGUGCUUGAAUUCACUGCAGGGGCAACCAUAUGCAAAGGGCUGAAUAGAGGGUUGGGAACAGUGUUGGCAGGCUGUCUAGCACUUCUCAUUGAGUUUGUAGCAGCUGGAACCGGGAAGGUUUUGCGCGCUUUCAUCGUGGGAGCUUCGGUGUUUAUAAUAGGAUUUGCUGCCACAUAUGUUAGAUUCUUCCCAACAAUCAAGAAGAGCUAUGAUUACGGUGUGCUGAUUUUUCUCUUGACCUUCAAUCUGAUAACGGUGUCAAGCUACCGCCAACAGGAUGUGGUGUCAUUGACGAGAGAUCGCCUAAGUACUAUUGCCAUUGGUUGCGCAAUCUGUCUGUUCAUGACUCUCUUGGUAUUGCCAAACUGGUCUGGAGAAGACCUACACAGUAGCACCGUUGGCAAAUUUGAAGGAUUGGCAACAUCAAUUGAAGCUUGUGUGAAUGAGUAUUUCCGAGACCGGGAUAAAGGCGAUAACGUUCUUGAUAAUAAGCAGGAGGAAGCAAGAGCUUCCAUUCAAAUCGGCUAUAGAGCGGUCUUGGACUCAAAAUCCAGUGAUGAGACCCUAGCACACUAUGCAAGCUGGGAGCCAAGACACUCAAUGCAUUGUUACAGUUACCCAUGGCAAAAAUAUGUGAAGCUUGGGUCCGUGCUCAGGCACUUUGCAUACACGGUUGCCGCACUUCAUGGGUGUCUGGAAUCUGAGAUUCAGACUCCACCGUCCGUUAGAUCACUGUUCCGAGACCCAUGCACAAGAGUUGCACGAGAAGUAGCCAAGGUGCUCCAGGAGCUCGCGGUGAGCUUAAAACACCACCGGCGAUGCGCCCCCGACGUGCUCUCCGACCAUCUCCACCAAGCGCUGCAGGACCUGAACUCGGCUAUCAGGUCGCAGCCGCGGCUCUUCCUGGGCUCCAAACGCGCGUGCGCCGCCAACAAGCGCAUGCUGAUGGAGCUGAACUCCGGGAAGCUCUCGGCGUCGAGAGCCGCGCUUCAUUCGUUCAAGACCGACGCGACUGCAGCGUUGUCAGAGACGACGAGGAACGCCCGAUCAGAUCAGCCGCCGGCGCCGGAUCGCAGCGAGAGGAGCGGCAUGCUGCGGCCGACGCUCAGCAAGAUCGCCAUCACCAGCCUCGAGUUCUCUGAGGCGCUCCCGUUCGCCGCGUUCGCGUCGCUGCUGGUGGAGAUGGUGGUGCGGCUGGAGCUGGUGAUAGAGGAAGUGAAGAACCUGGAGCGGGCUGCGAAUUUCAGAGAGUUCACUGGGCGUGAUCAUCUGAUCGUUGAUCUCAGUAGCAUGGAGACGACGAGGAACAGUAAUGCUGCAGCGUUACACCCUGUUUCUGCUGCAGCUGAAUGA